GUGCUUUUUUCUUCCUCUCUCCCCAACCCCACUCCACCUAUUCUACCCACCACCCAACUCGUCCUUCAAUCCCAAAUUCCCAUCUCUCUCUCUCUCUCUCUCUCUCUCUCUCUCUGUGUCAAUACAAUAUAUACAGAUAUACUGGUAUACAGAUUAGAGAUUCCUUCUCUUCGUGCAACAGAAAGAGCAAAAACAGAUAAAACUGUCAGCUUUGCGAUUGUUUUAUCUAAAAUUUACUCUCCAACCUCUUCUUCCUCUGUCACACCAUCAUGGGAUUUCUUUGAAGUCAAGCAACAAUAAGAGAACCAACCCCACAACCUAAAAAGGGACACGCACAUACACGCACAACAAUAGAACUGACCCACCCAUCGGACCAACAAUGGCCAGCAUUUUGAGGGACAGAAUAUUGGGAUCCUCCAAGAGACACUCACUUGGCGGCUCCAAAAGACACGACGAGUUCCAGAAACCCAUGCAGCACCAGCAACAGCAAGUGUACCCGGUCGAAGACCUGCCGACCCCGUUCGGCGACCUGGGUACGAACCUCUCGGACUCGGAGCUCCGAGAGACGGCCUACGAGAUCCUCGUCUCGGCGUGCCGGAGCACCGGGACGAGGCCGUUGACCUACAUCCCGCAAUCGGAGAAGGCCGACCGGGCUCCGGCGAUCGCGCCAUCGGCUUCGCUGCAGAGGUCGCUGUCGUCGUCGGCGAGCCGGGUGAAGAAGGCCUUGGGGCUGAAAACGACGUCCUCGAAGAGGAGAAGUGGUGGUGGUGGUGGUGAGUCGGUGAGCCAGGGGCGAGUGAAGAAGGCGGUGACCGCUGGGGAGCUUAUGAGGGUGCAGAUGAGGGUUUCGGAGCAAACCGAUUCGAGAAUCAGGAGAGCCCUGUUGAGGGUCGCUGCUGGGCAGCUUGGAAGGCGAAUAGAGUCAAUCGUUUUGCCACUUGAGCUAUUACAGCAGUUCAAAUCUUUAGAUUUUCCCAAUCAGCAAGAAUAUGAGGCUUGGCAAAGGAGGAAUCUGAAGGUUUUGGAAGCAGGACUUCUUCUGCAUCCUCAUCUGCCACUGGAAAAGACAGACACUGCAGCACAACGGCUCCGGCAGAUUAUUCGUGGGGCCCUAGAGAAGCCCCUAGAAACCGGGAAACACAAUGAAUCGAUGCAAGCCUUGCGGAGUGUUGUUACGACUCUUGCUUGCAGAUCAUUUGACGGAUCUGCAUCUGACACAUGUCACUGGGCAGAUGGGUUUCCACUGAACCUCAGGCUCUACCAAAUGCUCUUAGAUGCAUGUUUUGAUAUCAGUGAAGAGACAACUAUUAUUGAAGAGGUUGAUGAGGUUUUAGAACUCAUAAAGAAGACCUGGGUAAUCCUCGGAUUGAACCAGAAGCUGCAUAAUCUUUGUUUCUCAUGGGUUUUAUUCCACCGUUAUGUUGUAACUGGUCAAGUAGAAAGUGACCUGCUAUUUGCAUCCAAUAAUCUGUUGAUUGAAGUUGAAAAAGAUGCCAAGGCAAUAACGGAUCCAGUUGACUCAAAAGUUUUGAGCUCUACGUUGAGUUUGGUAUUGGGCUGGGCAGAGAAAAGGCUUCUUGCUUACCGUGAUACUUUCCACAGUGGUACUAUUGAAUCAAUGCAAAGUGUUGUCUCUCUAGGAGUAUUAUCAGCCAAGAUUUUGGUAGAAGAUCUCUCUCGUGAGUAUCGUAAGAAGAGGAAAGAAGUUAAUGUGACCUUUGAAAGGGUUGAAACCUAUAUAAGAUCAUCGCUACGCACUGCUUUUGCUCAGAAAAUGGAGAAGGUGAACUCGAGCAAGCGUAUAUCUAAGAACCAGAACAGUCCUCUUCCUGCCCUUUCCAUCCUUGCACAAGAGACUAGUGAACUGGCUCUUAAUGAGAAAGAGAUAUUCAGUCCAAUACUGAAGAGGUGGCACCCUCUUGCAGCAGGUGUCGCUGUAGCUACCCUUCAUUCUUGCUAUGGGAAUGAGUUGAAGCAAUUUAUUACAGAUAUUAGUGAGUUGACACCUGAUGCAAUACAAGUGCUGAGAGCCGCUGACAAAUUGGAGAAAGAUCUUGUGCAGAUUGCAGUUGAGGAUGCAGUGGACAGUGAAGAUGGUGGGAAGUCUAUUAUACGGGAGAUGCCUCCUUAUGAGGCUGAAGCUGUAAUUGCUAAUCUGGUAAAGUCAUGGAUAAAGACAAGAGUGGACAGACUGAAGGAAUGGACUGACAGGAAUCUGCAACAAGAGGUAUGGAAUCCAAGGGCCAACAAGGAUCGGUUUGCUCCUUCUGCAGUUGAAGUUCUCCGAAUCAUAGAUGAAACUUUGGACGCAUUCUUUCUGUUGCCAAUUCCUAUGCAUCCAGUCCUGCUUCCUGAAUUGAUGACUGGUUUUGACAGAUGUCUUCAACAUUACAUAUUGAAGGCCAAGUCUGGCUGUGGAACCCGAAAUACUUACAUUCCUAGUAUGCCUGCUUUGACUAGAUGUUCAACUGGAUCAAGGUUCCAUGGUGUAUUCAAAAAGAAGGAAAAAUCACAAACAAUACACAAGAGGAAAUCUCAGGUUGGAACUUCAAAUGGGGAUAACUCCUUUGGGAUACCCCAGCUUUGUGUUCGCAUAAAUACUCUGCAGCAGCUUCGAACAGAGUUGGGAGUUUUGGAUAAGAGGACAAUCGCUCAUCUUGAAAAUGCUGAAUGCACUUAUGCGGACAAUAUUGAAAAUGAGAUGGGAAAAAGGUUUGAGCUUUCAGCAAAUGCUUGUGUGGAAGGGAUCCAACAACUCUGUGAGGCAAUAGCAUAUAAGAUCAUCUUCCAUGAGCUAAGUCAUGUUCUUUGGGAUGGCUUGUAUGUUGGGGAAGUUUCUUCUUCUAGGAUUGAGCCCUUCCUUCAGGAGCUUGAGCGAAAUUUGGAAAUUAUUUCAUCGACAGUGCAUGACAGAGUCAGAACGCGUGUCAUUACGGACGUAAUGAAAGCUUCUUUUGAUGGGUUCCUAUUGGUUUUGCUUGCUGGAGGCCCUUCUCGUGCUUUCACUCAACAAGAUUCUGAAAUAAUAAAGGAGGAUUUUAAGUUUCUUACAGACCUAUUUUGGUCCAAUGGUGAUGGAUUGCCAGCUGAUUUAAUAAAUAAGUUUUCAGCCAAGGUUAAAAGUAUCCUCCCUCUACUUUGUUCUAGUACAGAGAGCCUAGUUGAGCAAUUCAGACAUUUAGUUCUUGAGACCUAUGGCUCUUCCGCUAAAUCUAAGCUUCAGUUGCCUCCAACUUCCGGUCAAUGGGAUCCAACCGAACCGAACACUAUUUUGCGAGUUUUGUGUUAUCGAAAUGAUGAGACUGCUGCAAAGUUUCUUAAAAAGACUUACAAUCUGCCCAAGAAAUUAAACAAUGCUGGGUUCUGAAAAUAUCAAGUUGAUGCCCUCGUGGGCAAGAAAUGCUAUACCAUCAUAUUUCCUAGGAAAAAAAUAUAGUUCAUGUAUAGUAAUCAAUUGACAGCAUUCGAUUUGUUCAGAGCCUUCACUUCUCAGUUGCGAGAAAUUCAUGGGAACAGUGGACUUGCUCCUUGGUCUAUGAUUGAAGAAGCUUGGGAAUCUAUAAUGUACGAGGAAUCUCCCGUGAAGACAACUCUCGUGUCCAAACUACCACGCAAACAUUUGUUGGACAUGGUGGGGUUCUUUGAUCUCUCUUUCGUUUGACCUCAUUUUAUUUCUUUUAUCUCACACUGCACAAUGACAAAAGCGUAGAAUACAAAAGAUAAAAAGGUUUGGUAAUAGCCUAAUAGGAAUGUAUUGUUCUUUAAAUUUGGUGUGUGGGCAUUUUUAUCUGGUAGCUUCUUGUCAGAUGGCUGAGCUAUUAUUUAUUUGUAUAAUCUAAUAUUAUUAACUUUUCAGAAUUUUGGCAAAUAAUGAGAGCUGCUUGUUGGAGGAGUUCUGCAGAA